UGCCGCUGUGACACAGGUGUUUUAUUCUCUAUCAGUGUGUACCGGAGCAAUCAUUAUGUUUUCAUCGUAUAACGGCUUUAGGCAAAAUAUUUACAGAGAUGCAAUGAUCGUGACAACUUUAGACACCUUCACAAGUCUCCUCUCCGGUGUCACAAUUUUCGGGAUCCUUGGCAAUUUAGCAUAUGAACUGAACACUGAGGUAGACGAAGUGGUGGGCUCAGGAGGAACGGGUCUUGCCUUCAUUUCCUACCCUGACGCAAUUGCCAAGACAUUUUUGCCACAGUUAUUCUCGGUGCUGUUCUUCCUGAUGAUGACGGUUCUGGGCGUGGGCUCCGGGGUGGCGCUGCUGUCGACUAUCAAUACAGUCGUAAUGGAUGCCUUCCCGCGCGUGCCCACCGUCUACAUGUCAGCCAUGUGCUGCACCGUCGGCUUUGGCUUGGGGCUCAUAUACGUUACACCGGGUGGCCAAUACGUAUUGGAGCUGGUUGACUACUAUGGCGGUACUUUCUUGGUCCUGUUUUGUGCCAUUACAGAAUUAAUAGGAAUUUGCUGGAUUUAUGGUCUAGAAAACAUCUGCCUGGACAUCGAGUUCAUGCUGGGCAUAAAGACGUCGUUCUACUGGCGCAUCUGCUGGGGCAUCGUCACGCCGGCGCUCAUGGUCACCGUGUUCGGUUACGCGCUCGCUUCCUUCGAAGCCCUGGUCUUCGGCGAGGACUACUACUACCCUACAGCUGGAUAUGCUGCCGGAUAUGUCAUGCUGGGAAUGGGGAUCAUUUUCGUUCCUUUAGUUAUGGGCAUGGUCAUAUGGAAAAAUAGAAAUAACAGCUUCAAGCAGGUUAUCAAGAAGUCAUUCCAUUAUAGUCCCAAAUGGGGCCCUCGUUCUGCCCUGAUAAAGGAGGAAUGGCAGCAGUUCAUAGCAGAAGCCAAGUCAGACCGCAUGGGUACUUCCUUCUGGAGACACAUAGGCAAUAUCUUGACCGGUGGAUAUAGGUCGGGAAAAUAAUCUAGUCGUUAUUAGAUUGUUUAAUGUAAAUAU